AUGUCUCAACAAGUUAUCAAGAAGAUCAACUUAUAUUCUGCAAAUGAUUUGAAAAAUAAUUGUGAUGAUAAUCUUCCAUUUAUUUUAUCAAACCUUGGUUUUAAACAAGAUUUCAAGUUAAAAGAUAUUGAAAUUGGCUUAUCGACUGCUCUUGCGUUAAUUGGUGGUACAACUUAUUUGGUUGACAAAAAAUUAUCAUUUAGUGAAUCCUAUAACUAUACCGUAAUCUUAAUAGUGGUUUAUUUCUUAAUUCAAACUGUUUUUUUUGUUUUUAUGAAAUUUUAUCAAGCUGAUAUUAAAUAUACGGGUAUCAAUUUAAACAAUAAUAAAGAUACAAAGGAUAAAAAAAAUAAAAAAAAUCAAAAAGAUCAAAAAGAUCAAAAUAUUGAUGAAGAAAUUAACAAAAUCAUUAUAAAAACUACAAUAAAUAAAAAACAAGUUGUUCCAACUUACAAUUUAACAAUUGAAUUGUUUGAUAAUGAUAGCAAUGUAAAAAAAUUCGAUUCAAAUUUAAAAUUUUCAUCUGUCUUCAAUGAAUUGGGUUUUUUGCAAAUUGAAGAAUUUCAAAAAAUUAUAAAAGAUUCUAUAAUUAAAACAUCAAAAUAA